UCUUAUAAGUCGUUGAUAUUCAGAAGGGUAUUGAUUGUCGAAUAAUCGCAGCAUUGCGUAUUCUUAAUGAUACUUUGUUUGUCGUAUGUUGCUAGGGCAUAGGAGGAACAUCUACCCACAUUUGGUGGUUAUCAGCUAUUCACAAGCGAUUCGACUAGUUCAUUAUAAUAACGAAUAUGGCUGAAAAGAAAAUUGACCUCAAAUGUGCUUUCUGUGGCGACGACAGUGAUAUGCAGUGUUCAUUCUGUCGUUCUGUGUAUUACUGUUCCAAGGAAUGUCAGAAAAAGCACUGGCCAUAUCACAAAAAUUUCUGUUCCGUGGCCACUCAACCGGAAAAUGGAAAAGAAUCAGAGGGGCGAUUAUGCAGACACUGUAAAAAAUAUCCCGAAAAGUUGUAUGCAUGUUCGGGAUGCAAAAGUACCUCAUAUUGUUCCAAAGAAUGUCAAAAAUUUGACUGGAAGAAUGGACAUAAACAUGAAUGCCCGCAGCAAAUCCGAUGCCGAUGAAUCCAGUAACGCUUGCGUUGAAUGUGGAAGACAAUGCGAUACGAAACGAUGCGCACGGUGUAAAAGUGCAUUUUAUUGUUCUGUGAGAUGCCAAAAGACACAUUGGCCACAUCAUAAAUUAUUUUGUCACAAAGAAACUGUCCCACAAGAACCACAACCUUCUUCUACCACAGCAUCUCCUAUUUGCGCAUAUUGUAGGGUGAAUGAUUGCUCCGUUAGCUGUGAGUCAUGUAAAUUGGUGUUUUAUUGUUCGCAAAAUUGUCAAAUGAAAGACUUGGAAAAGCAUAAAUCACUAUGUCGUAAAAAAUCAGUCAGAAACAAAGAAACCCUCUCGGAAGAUUUAUGUACGAUAAUGGGUCUUGUCACUCCCGAAGAGCAUGGCGGAAUAAACUCAAAUGAUACAAAACAGUUUCCCGACUUUCAGAAAAUUGGUGAAAGCUAUGCCAGGGGAUUGCAUUGUAAUAAGUGUGGGAAAAAAGAUAAUGUUCGUCCCUGUAAACGUUGCAAAUCCACCACGUACUGCUCUACUGCCUGCGAAAAUUCUGACAAUCACGAGAAAAAAUGCAGAAGCAUGCAGUUUUUGAAUUCACUACCGGGACGUUCAGUUAAGAGUGGACAAUCUGAUUCGGGUUUAUAUGUAGCAACCAUAUCUAAUUUUCCACCACAUUCAUGGUUAUCAAAUAAAGAUCCAAUGCUAGCAGAAGAUGGGGCUGAUUUAAACUUGAUCGUGGAAAGGUCUGACGAAGACAGACAGAAAGCAAUAUUGUGUGUGAAGCAGAAGCAAUCAUUUCAAUCUCUGAUAACCCGUGUCAGAGAAAUACCUAUGGAGGAAAUGUCCAUAUCUGGAAGUAACAUAUGUCAUAUUCCUAAUGCAAGGUGAAGAUAACGAACAGUGAUCAAUCUCAUAACUCCUACAAGCAAUACAAAAUAGAUAGUUGGGCAAACACGGACCCCUGGACACAACAGAGGUGGGAUCAGGUGCCUAGGAGGAGUAAGCAUCCCCUGUUGACCGGUCACACCCGCCGUGAGCCCCUAAUGUUUUCCUAGCCUAUAUACGACGGUAUCACAGCUACAGAGGAAGACACAAUGUCUACUUACAGGAUUCUGAGAGAAGAGAAAUAUAUGCGAGUUUCUACCUCCCCAGAGACGACCCUACUCCAUAUUUCCAGUGGAGUCAAUUGGUUCCAGGAAAAUUUAUUGCAAUAUCAUACCCUUGCAUUCACCAUUUCAAUGAUGGUUCGUUUGGCUUACGUGUUGACAAGGCAAAACACGCAACGUGCUUUGAAAUCUAGUACCUGAUUUUGAAUUACUGCACUUUAUACCCGAAAGGCUACAAAAUAGAUAUCACUUGGUGAAUGACUGAACUAUCUUCAUCAAUCACCAUUGUAUAUUCCCAUACGUAUAGGAUAUUCAUGACAUAAUUAUAAUUUCGUAGAAAACUAUUUUUGAUGUUUUUUGUUUGCGUUUAGAAUUAAUAUUAUAGAUAUAGUGCUUGUAUUUCUAAAUAUCUAUGUAACAUAUACAAUGGUUUGUUGACUGAUAAUCUUUUAUUUAAAGACGGCCUAUAAUCGUUAUGAUCAAAAUAUAUUUUCCUUAAAACAGACGUUUGUAGGAGUUAUGCGAUUGAUCAUUGUUCGUUAUCUUCACCUUACAUUGAGAAAUGAAUACGCCCCCUUUACCUGUAUAAUGGGGAAACACAACUUCUAAUGCUGUAAAUAAUAAAAUUGCUAACAAAAUAUUGAGAUAAUUUGUCGAUUACUUUCCCUUACCGCUUUAACAUGGUGUCUAUUAUGUAUAAUAAUUAACAAAAUUCUUAUUUUAUAAUCAUUGUUCCGUCUCUAAUUUCUUUUCUGACGCAUCUGUUCAUAUAUAAUUUGAAGAUUGCAAAUUAUACAUGUCUACCAGACACCCAUGCACUGUUAAAUACAGGUAUCUAGCUGCGAUGGGCAUUGAAAAAUAAACCUAAUGCUUGCUACUCAUUUUGCAAUCGCAGUUUUUAUAUAUGCUACAUGUAUAUUGUUUGAUAUGUCAAUAAUAUAAUGGUGUGAUGGAUUUUAGAAUCUUUGUUCUGCUAAGCUACCAAAACUGAUAUUCUUCACUAUAUGUAUACCGCUAGCUGUACAAUAUCGGAACUUCCAAAUUAAACAGAUGU